UGUUAAAAUUGUCAGUGAAACACAUCAGCCUUUCCCCCCCCAAUCAAAAACCAAUUUUUGUAAAUUAAGGCCCAUCUAGAACCAUCUAGAAUCCGAAUGCACGGUGAAAGGAAGUGCGUCGAUCAUCUGGAGGAAUGCCGGUUUAUGAUGACCACAUCCUUGACGACUGCACUGAUGUGCCCGAAGGACUUGUGCCGCGCUGGUGGUUCGGUGGCUUCGCCUCGAUUUGCGUUGCCUUCGCGGUGGCGCCGAUUGACAUCGUGAAGACGCACAUGCAGAUUCAACAGAAGAAACGUUCCAUUUUUGGCACAAUCAAAAGGAUAUACCAAUUAAAAAUAAUGCCGAUUUUAGGACUGUGGGGCUUCUACGAUGGCUUCUCGGCUGCCAUCCUGAGACAAAUGACCAGCACGAACAUCCAUUUCAUAGUGUAUGAAACUGGCAAGAAAAUGGAGUACGUCGAUAGGGAUUCAUAUCUAGGAAAGAUUAUUUUGGGCUGUGUGGCUGGUGCUUGUGGUUCUGCCUGUGGCAUACCAACGGAUCUGAUCAACGUGCGAAUGCAAACCGACAUGAAGGAGCCGCCGUCAAAGCGACGCAACUAUAAGCAUGUCAUAGAUGGCCUCAUUCGCAUUCCCAAGGAGGAGGGCUGGAGGGCACUUUACAAGGGAGGAUCGGUAGCGGCCUUGAAAUCAUCUCUAAGCACCUGCAGCCAGAUAGCUCUGUACGAUAUUAUCAAAACGGAAGUGCGGAAGAAUACCUCUGCGAAUGACGGCGUGCCCCUCCACUUCCUCACGUCGUUUGUCACAUCGAUCAUCUCGUCCUCGAUCACUCAUCCUCUGGACGUGGUGAGGACCAUUAUGAUGAACUCCAGACCCGGCGAAUUUCGCACUGUCUUCCAAGCGGCCGUUCACAUGAUGCGAUUCGGCAUCAUGGGACCCUACCGGGGAUUUGUGCCAACUAUAGUGCGAAAAGCACCAGCCACCACUUUGCUAUUUGUUUUGUACGAGCAACUGAGGCUCCACUUCGGAAUUUGCUCCCUGGGAGGGGAAAAGUAGGACUACGACGACAGUACUGUGCAUUCGGAAUUUGGCAAAAAUACCAUGUGAACUUUUACCAACGUUUUUGUACGAUAAAGAUUUCCAUUUUAA